CAAUGGUACCACUCAAAAUAUUUACAAUAAUCACAUUACAAAUAAUUGUUGUAAGCACAAUUUCACCAUUGGAAACAAAUUAUGGGUUAUUGGGUGAAUUAGAUCCACUUAAAGACACAUUUGGACAAGAAACGCCAUCACAUGCACUAUUUAUUCGUGAUGAUUUUUUAAAAAAUAUUAAAAAAAGGCAAACUAAUGGUCAUAAAAAAGAUGAAAGUGCUGAUGUCAUGGUACAAAAUAUAUUAAAAUGGUUACAAAAUAUUUAUGGCCAAAAUAAUCGGAGAGUACGUCAAGGAGCAAGAGAAUAUUUACCUCCGUUAAAUACAGAAAAGCCACGACCGUUUGGUGGGCCAUAUGAACCAUCUGGUGCAGUCAGACCUACACCAAGUUUUCCAAGUGGUCCCAGUGGAAGUAGUCCUAGUCCCAACUAUGGUGCUCCUAGUCCAGCUCCUACGCAAGGAACAUAUGCCAGCUCUUCAACUGGUCCAUUACAAGUAGAUUUAGGUGGAAGUAUACAGCCAGGUGGAACUGCUGAAACUGGAGCGAAUAGCAACAAUAACGAUUUAUAUUCAACAGCUGGCUCACCAUCUGGUGGCGAUAGUAAUUAUAUUCAACCAACUUACACUCCGGAAGGUACUCAAGUCUCACCCACUCAACUACCACCAGACGAUGACAUAAAUCAUCCACCACAUAUCCAUGCAAUUGAUGUUGAAUGUUCCAAAGAACAAAUGACCGUUAACAUUGAAUUUAAUAGACCUUAUGAUGGAAUUAUUUACUCAAAAGGAUAUUUCUCAGACCCUGCAUGUCGUUAUGUCACUGAAAACAGUGGUCAAACAAAGUUUACGUUUACGUUAACAAUCAAUCAAUGUGGUACUGAAUUCAUUAGUGCUUUCGAAACCGAAGGACAAAGUUAUCUAGAAAAUGUAUUGGUCUUACAAAAUGAAGCUGGUAUUCAAGAAGUUUGGGAUAGUAUUAAAACUGUCCGUUGUUUGUGGGAGGGUAAUGUAAAUCAAGCAUUAAGCGUUGCAUUAAGUGUUGGUAUGCUUUCACAAGAAGUGGUUACAUUCAGUGGCGAUACAGCAAUGGCACGAUUAGAUAUUCAAGUUGGUCGUGGUCCAUUUGCUCCUGCCGCUAAUGGACUUGUAAAAAUUGGUGAAACAAUGACUUUAGUUGUUUCUGUAACAGGUGAUCCAGAUUUUGAUAUCCAAGUAAAAGAUUGUAUUGCUAAAGAUGAAUCAGGGCAAAAUCAAAUUUCAUUAACGGAUAGUAAUGGUUGUAUAUUAAAACCAAAACUGUUUGGUGCCUUCCAAAAAACUCGUGAUACACAAAACACUGGAGCAUCAAUUAUUGCAUACGCAUUCUUCAAUGCAUUUAAAUUUCCUGAUGUGAUGGAUUUAACUUUAGAAUGUAACAUUGAAUUAUGUAAAACUGAUUGUCAAGUAUGUCCGAAUCCAGAUCAAAAACUUGAACCUGGUAAAAAACGAAGACGUCGUAGUGUAAACCCAACAAACAUUGCUUCACAACAUUCACUUUUGAAAUAUCAUCGCGUAAAGCGUAGUGAAAACUCUACUGAUGAAAUAAUUGCAGAACCAGUUAAACUAAAACAUAAGUUCCAAGUAAUUGCUCCCGAAGAAAUAUUGAGUGAUCGUUUUGAAGAAGUUUUGAAAGAAGAAUCACAAAAGUAUGAUAGUAUUUGUAUGUCUACGCACGGAUUUUUAUUCUCAUUUGUGUCAUUAGUUGCAUUAUUAAUAUUGAGUGCUGUAUUUUCAGCGACCAUUUGGCUAAGGUAUCAACGACUUAAAAUGAAAUACUAAAUAUAAAUUGUUUG